GUCGGUCAACGGUGCAUUUUACGAAUGGUGUGCCGCUCGCUUUACUGCCGGUGUAUGUGUGCAUAUGCGUGUGUGUAUCGUGUUUUAUAAGCAGUGGUUCUUGCUGAAGUUUCACCAAGGUCCCACAUAAACCGAACAAGAUGGGGCGAAGAUCCAUCAACACCACGAAAAGUGGGAAAUAUAUGAACCCCACGGAUCAAGCAAGAAAAGAAGCCAGAAAGCGAGAACUCAAAAAGAACAAGAAACAGCGUCAGAUGGUCAGAGCAGCUGUGCUGAAAGGAAAAGACCCACAGCAGCUGAUUGCAGACCUCCAAAGGAUUGACGAAAUGGAGUACAAUGUGUCCAACCCGCCAGUGCUGAGUGAGAAAGUUCUCCGGGACAAGCGCAAGAAACUCAGAGAGACUUGGGACCGUGUCCUUCGCCUCUAUCAAAAGGAAGACCCGGAGCACUUUUCGGACCUGAAGAAGAUGGAGCUGGAGUAUGAGGACAAGCGCAACACACUCAUCAAGUACUACGAGUCAGUCAAGUUUGCCCAGCAAGUGGAGAUUGACCAGAUUCCCCUGCCAAGCGCACCAAGUACACCGCAAGUUGCCCCUUCACUAAUCCCGCUGCCUGUCGACAUACCGGCAUCUAUCCUGAAGAAGCCCACCCUUGACCCCUCGGCCAAGGCGCCCGGUGUGCCGCCCGGUCCGCCUCCGGAGCUGUCUGAUGAUGACGACGACGACGAGGAGAAUGAGCCCCCUGUUACAAAUGUGGAGAAAGUGGCUGAAGAACAGGAUCUAUCAGCUUCCACAAAGCCACGGAAGAUUCGUUUUGCCGAUGAACCUGAACGUCCUCCCGGUGUUGACGACGAUUCGGAUGUCACCGAGUUCCUUAAAGAGGUGGAAAAGACGCACAGAGAAGCCAUGCCGCCUCCGAUGCCCCCUCCGAUGAUGUUCCGGCACCCUCCUCCGGGCAUGCCACCUCCGUCGCUGCCUCCACUGGGUGGUCCCCCAAUGGCCCCGCCCCCUAUGCGGAUGGGCCCUCCUCCGCCACGCCCACCACCACUCAUGCGGCCGCCGGCCCCCUCGGUGCUGUCUGCACCACCCAGCCUCAUUACACGGCCCAUCCACGGGCCCGGCUCGGCGUCUGCAGAUGGGGAGCAGCGGCAGGGUAGUGGCGCCACCAUCGAGGCCAAGCCGCAGCUGCGCAACCUCAGCGCCGACAUCAUGCGCUUCACGCCCACCUCGCUGCGGGUGAAGAGGGAUCCAGCCAAGAGAACCACCAAAGAGCUUCCUGCGGCGCCUCCCGUGUCGUCUGUGACAGCGCCCACGAAGGACGACGCCUACGAGGUCUUCAUGAAGGAAAUGGAGAACCUCCUCUGAGUUCCGCCACGCACAUUGUAAAUAAACUUUGCUUCAUCACAGUC